CUGCGCACAGAGGCAGGGGAUAUUAACUCAAUACCAAACACGCACGCACACACACUCAGAGAGAUAGAGAUGGAGAGGGAAACUGAGAUGAAACAAUCCAGGUUCAAGAGGAUUUGUGUGUUCUGUGGGAGUAGCCCAGGGAAGAAGACCAAUUAUAAGGAUGCAGCUAUUGAGCUAGGGAAGGAAUUGGUGUCAAGGAAUAUUAAUCUGGUGUAUGGAGGAGGCAGCAUUGGUUUGAUGGGGUUGAUUUCUCAAGCUGUUUAUAAUGGUGGUCGCCAUGUAAUAGGGGUUAUUCCCAGACACUAA